UGAAGAUCUUCCACGUUUACACAUCCGAGCUCCUCCUACAGGAGCCCACAACUAGGAGCCCACAACUGACUGCGAGCCUCAUUCACAGGCUACACUUUCCUUAAAAUGGUACGGAGGAUUAUUUUGAGUUUAUUGCUGGCGACGUGGUUCUCCGUGGACUGUAACCCCGGGCCUAUCGAUGAUAUUGCAGUUGAUCGAUACUUCAUUCCUAAAAGCUGCAUCAGAGAAGUGAAAUCUGGAGAUUUCGUGCGGUAUCACUAUAACGGCACUUUUACUGACGGAAAACAGUUUGACUCUAGCUAUGAUAGGGGGGCUGCAUUCUUUGGACAAGUGGGCCAAAAGUGGCAGAUUGCUGGUGUGGACAAAGGCAUUCUGGGUAUGUGUGUGAAUGAGCAUAGGAAGAUCACUGUACCCCCCCACUUGGCUUACGGUAGCCAAGGAGCAGGUGAUAAAGUGCCGCCAGACACAACAUUAGUGUUUGAUCUGGUUCUACUGGAUGUCUUUAACAGAGCAGACCAGGUUCAGACCAAAGUCAUCAGUACACCUAAAGAAUGCAAGCGCUCAGUCAUGAGGACUGACUUUGUCCGUUUUCAUUUUAAUGGGACAUUGCUGGAUGGCUCUGCGUUUGACUCCAGCUACAAGCGUUCCCAGACGCAGGAUUCAGUGGUUGGGGAAGGUUGGCUCAUAAAAGGCUUGGAUGAAGGGUUGCUGGGCAUGUGUGUAGGAGAAAUACGACACUUCGUCAUCCCCCCAUUUCUGGCAUUUGGAGAAAAAGGAUAUGGCACAGAAAUCCCUGCUCAUGCAUCAUUAGUGUAUCACCUUCUCCUGGAAGACCUCCACAACCCUAAAGAUGACAUCAUUGUGGAGGUCAUGGAAGCACCUGAACCAUGUACACGCAAGUCUGUUGCAGGCGAUUACAUUCGCUACCACUACAAUGCUUCCUUCCUCAAUGGCAUCACAUUUGACUCCAGCUAUCAGCACAACCAUACGUACAACACAUACAUUGGAAUGGGCUACAUGAUCGCUGGCAUAGAUAAAGGCUUGCAGGGUGUGUGUACAGGAGAGAGGAGAAGAAUCAUCUUGCCACCUCAUCUUGCAUAUGGCCAGCAGGGAGCAGGUAAGGACAUUCCAGGUUCAGCCGUGUUGGUCUUUGACAUCCAUGUGAUAGACUUCCACGGUGUCAAAGAUACUGUGCAGGUGGAUAUCACACGUAAACCUGAGGCGUGUAAUGAAACCAGUGAGGUGAAUGACUUCAUUCAGUACCACUACAACUGCUCACUGCUGGAUGGCACGCUGCUCUUUACAUCGAGGGACUAUGAGACCCCACAGGAUGUGGUGCUUGGAGGGGAUAAAAUAAUUGAUGGCCUAGACGAGGCUCUUAGAAAUAUGUGUGUAGGAGAGAGACGGACAGUCAUAGUGCCGCCACACCUUGGACAUGGAGAGAAAGGAGCUGGCAUUGUCCCGGGAAGUGCAGUGCUGCGGUUCGAGCUGGAGUUGGUCUCUCUGCAGAAGGGGGUUCCUGAAGGCUACCUGUUCAUUUGGCUCGAAGAGAGUCCGGGUCAUCUGUUUGAGGCACUAGACGUUAAUCAGGACCAACAGGUCCCUUUAGAGGAGUUUUCACAGUUCAUCAAACAGCAGGUAUCAGAAGGUAAAGGUCGUCUUAAACCAGCUCAGGAUCAGGAUAGUGUCAUCAUAGAUAUGUUCAAGAACCAGGAUAGGAACACUGAUGGUCUGAUCACUCAGGAUGAGCUAAAACUAAAAGUGGAUGAAGAUGCAGAGAAAACACGCCAUGAAGAACUGUGAAACUCUCAUGGACAUUCACAAAAGCAUUAGAACAAAGCAACAGACUCAUAACCCUGAGGCUGAAAACCAUACCAACAUGCUUUCCAGUAUUAAAAGUUUGUACAUUUGAUGGUCACAUAUUUUUAUAUUCCUAAAAAUGUUGCAUCUCAAAAAUGCGUUUGUGCCACCUAAUAAAAUGUUCCAAAAGUAUUUGUAAACAUUUUAUUUUGAAAUUAAAUAUGAC